AGCGGGCGGGGCGGGACAGAAGGCGGAAGAAUUGAAAUCAGCUGACCAGGUCUCGUGACAGCCUGGGCGGUGGCGACGCAGGCGUAUUGGAGCGCGGUUGCUGAAAGCCUGAGCGAAGAUGGCGGCCUCCAGAGUGAGCCUCUGAGAGGCAGAGGGAGGAGGCGGAGGGGGCGGGGAGGCCGCGCCGCCGCGGCUCCAGGAACCCGCGGCAGCGGAGCGACAGGGCCCCGACUGGGGAAAGGGGAAGUGGUGAGGGGGAGGAGGCCUGAGGGCGCCUCAUUUCACUCCGGACGCAGAGCCGGCGGCGGGAGGAGCCCGGGCUGGAGCCUCUCCAGCCUCCCGCGAAGGUUUCAGCACAAAAUGAACAUAAUUAGGGAAAACAAGGAUUUGGCAUGUUUCUACACCACAAAACAUUCAUGGAGGGGAAAGUAUAAGCGUGUCUUUUCAGUUGGAACCCAUGCGAUUACUACAUAUAAUCCCAAUACCUUAGAAGUAACAAAUCAGUGGCCUUAUGGAGACAUUUGCAGCAUCAGUCCCGUUGGAAAAGGACAAGGAACAGAAUUCAACCUCACAUUUCGUAAAGGCAGUGGGAAAAAAUCAGAAACUUUAAAAUUUUCUACAGAGCACAGAACAGAACUUCUUACAGAAGCAUUGAGAUUUAGAACUGAUUUUUCAGAAGGAAAAAUCACAGGAAGGAGAUAUAACUGCUAUAAGCAUCACUGGAGUGAUACAAGAAAACCUGUCAUUUUAGAAGUAACCCCUGGAGGCUUUGACCAAAUUAAUCCUGCAACCAACAAAGUCCUCUGUUCCUAUGACUAUAGAAAUAUUGAAGGCUUUGUAGAUCUCUCUGAUUAUCAAGGAGGGUUUUGUAUACUUUACGGAGGAUUUAGUAGAUUGCAUUUAUUUGCAUCAGAGCAAAGAGAAGAAAUUAUCAAAAGUGCAAUAGAUCACGCUGGUAACUACAUAGGCAUUUCACUGCGCAUCAGAAAAGAACCUUUAGAAUUUGAGCAAUAUUUGAAUCUUCGCUUUGGAAAAUACAGCACUGAUGAAUCCAUCACAUCUUUAGCAGAGUUUAUAGUCCAAAAAAUAUCACCUAGACACUCGGAACCCGUAAAACGAGUUCUAGCACUAACAGAAACAUGUUUAGUAGAACGUGAUCCAGCAACCUAUAAUAUUGCGACUUUGAAGCCUUUGGGAGAAGUAUUUGCAUUGGUUUGUGACUCAGAAAAUCCACAACUUUUUACCAUUGAAUUUAUAAAAGGGCAAAUACGGAAAUAUUCUUCAACAGAAAGAAAUAAUGCUCUGAUAUUGCUAUUAUGUGCUUGGUUUUUUUUGUUCCACAGGUUUCGGGAGCGUCUAGGAGUGAAGGUAGUAAAGGCACUCAAGAGGAGCAACAAUGGAGUAAUCCAUGCAGCUGUUGAUAUGCUCUGUGCCCUCAUGUGUCCCAUGCAUGAUGACUAUGACUUAAGACAGGAACAGCUGAACAAAGCUUCUCUUCUCUCAUCAAAGAAGUUUCUGGAAAACUUACUGGAAAAAUUUAAUUCCCAUGUGGAACAUGGGACUGGUGCCCUAGUUAUUAGUUCACUCUUGGACUUCCUUACUUUUGCCCUCUGUGCUCCAUAUAGUGAGACAACAGAAGGACAGCAGUUUGAUAUGCUCUUAGAGAUGGUAGCGUCCAAUGGAAGAACCCUCUUUAAGCUCUUUCAGCAUCCUUCCAUGGCAAUUAUAAAGGGAGCUGGAUUGGUUAUGAAGGCAAUAAUAGAGGAAGGUGACAAAGAAAUUGCUACAAAAAUGCAGGAGCUUGCCCUAAGUGAAGGUGCCUUACCUCGACACUUGCAUACUGCGAUGUUUACAAUAAGCUCAGAUCAAAGGAUGCUUACAAAUAGACAGCUAAGUAGACAUUUAGUGGGACUCUGGACAGCUGAUAAUGCAACUGCGACAAACUUGUUGAAACGCAUUUUGCCGCCAGGCUUGCUGGCGUACUUGGACAGCUCAGAUCCAGUUCCUGAGAAGGAUGCUGAUCGGAUGCAUGUUAGAGAUAAUGUGAAAAUAGCAAUGGAUCAGUAUGGAAAAUUUAAUAAAGUUCCAGAGUGGCAAAGACUAGCCGGAAAAGCUGCUAAGGAAGUUGAAAAAUUUGCCAAAGAAAAAGUAGAUCUUGUGUUGAUGCACUGGAGGGAUAGAAUGGGCAUCGCACAAAAGGAGGACAGAAACAAUAUGAAUAUAAAUCAAAAGCCAGUGGUUCUUCGAAAAAGAAGACAAAGAAUAAAAAUAGAAGCAAAUUGGGAUCUCUUCUAUUAUAGAUUUGGUCAGGAUCAUGCCAAGUCAAACCUAAUUUGGAAUUUCAAGACACGAGAAGAACUGAGGGAUAGUCUUGAAUCUGAAAUGAGAGCAUUUAAUAUUGAUAGAGAGCUUGGUAGUGCUAAUGUGAUCUCCUGGAACCACCAUGAAUUUGAGGUUAAAUAUGAGUGCCUGGCAGAGGAAAUCAAAAUAGGAGACUAUUACCUGAGAUUACUAUUGGAGGAAGAUGAGAAUGAAGAAAGUGGAUCAAUUAAAAGAUCGUAUGAAUUUUUCAACGAGCUCUAUCAUCGUUUCCUGCUCACCCCAAAAGUAAACAUGAAGUGUUUAUGUUUACAAGCUCUUGCUAUUGUUUAUGGCAGAUGUCAUGAAGAAAUAGGACCUUUUACAGAUACAAGAUAUAUCAUUGGAAUGUUAGAGAGGUGCACAGAUAAACUUGAACGAGAUCGGUUGAUCCUCUUCCUUAACAAGUUGAUCCUUAAUAAGAGAAAUGUUAAGGAUCUCAUGGAUUCAAAUGGAAUUAGAAUCCUUGUGGACUUGCUUACCCUUGCACAUCUCCAUGUAAGCCGAGCUACAGUACCACUGCAGAGCAAUGUAAUCGAAGCUGCUCCAGAUAUGAAAAGAGAGAGUGAAAAGGAAUGGUACUUUGGCAAUGCAGACAAAGAAAGGAGUGGCCCAUAUGGAUUUCAUGAGAUGCAAGAAUUGUGGACCAAAGGAAUGUUAAAUGCAAAAACCAGAUGCUGGGCUCAAGGCAUGGAUGGAUGGCGACCACUUCAGGCAAUACCUCAGCUUAAGUGGUGUCUGUUAGCCAGUGGACAGGCUGUACUAAAUGAAACUGACCUUGCUACCCUUAUAUUGAACAUGUUGAUCACAAUGUGUGGAUAUUUUCCAAGCAGGGAUCAAGAUAAUGCCAUCAUUCGGCCUUUACCUAGAGUGAAAAGACUGCUGUCAGACAGCGCUUGCCUUCCCCAUAUUAUUCAGCUACUGCUGACCUUUGACCCUAUCCUUGUUGAGAAGGUUGCGAUUUUGUUAUACCAUAUCAUGCAAGAUAACCCACAGUUACCUCGUCUUUAUCUUAGUGGAGUAUUUUUCUUUAUCAUGAUGUAUACUGGUUCCAAUGUGCUUCCUGUUGCUCGAUUUUUGAAGUAUACGCAUACUAAACAGGCUUUCAAGUCAGAGGAGACAAAAGGACAAGAUAUUUUUCAGAGAAGUAUACUUGGGCACAUCCUUCCAGAAGCAAUGGUUUGUUACUUAGAAAAUUAUGAGCCUGAAAAGUUUUCCGAGAUUUUUCUAGGAGAAUUUGAUACUCCAGAAGCAAUCUGGAGCAGUGAAAUGAGGCGCCUCAUGAUAGAGAAGAUUGCUGCCCAUCUUGCUGAUUUCACACCACGUCUUCAGAGUAACACAAGAGCACUUUAUCAGUAUUGUCCCAUCCCGGUAAUCAACUAUCCACAACUAGAAAAUGAACUAUUUUGUAAUAUUUAUUACCUCAAACAACUUUGUGAUACAGUCCGGUUUCCUGAUUGGCCCAUUAAAGAUCCAGUUAAGCUUCUAAAAGAUACACUUGAUGCCUGGAAGAAGGAAGUGGAAAAGAAGCCACCUACAAUGUCAAUAGACGAUGCUUACGAAGUGCUUAAUCUUCCUCAAGGACAGGGGCCGCAUGAUGAGAGCAAGAUUAGAAAAGCUUACUUCAGACUUGCACAAAAGUACCACCCUGAUAAGAAUCCAGAAGGGAGGGAUAUGUUUGAAAAAGUAAAUAAAGCGUAUGAAUUUUUAUGUACCAAAUCAGCAAAAAUAGUGGAUGGACCAGAUCCAGAGAAUAUAAUUUUAAUUUUGAAAACGCAGAGCAUCCUCUUCAACCGUCAUAAAGAAGAUUUACAGCCUUAUAAAUAUGCAGGAUACCCCAUGCUAAUUAGGACUAUAACAAUGGAAACUUCAGAUGACCUCCUUUUCUCAAAAGAAUCACCGUUGUUGCCUGCUGCUACAGAGCUGGCUUUCCAUACUGUCAACUGCUCAGCCCUCAAUGCUGAAGAGCUAAGAAGGGAGAAUGGAAUUGAGGUGUUACAGGAGGCAUUUAGUCGCUGUGUGGCUGUUUUGAAUUGUUCUAGUAAACCAAGUGACAUGUCAGUACAGGUGUGUGGACACAUAAGCAAAUGCUAUAGUGUGGCUGCUCAGUUUGAAGAAUGCCGAGAGAAGAUCACAGAAAUGCCUGGCAUCAUCAAGGAUCUCUGUCGGGUGCUAUAUUUUGGCAAGAGUAUUCCGCGGGUUGCUGCUCUUGGAGUUGAAUGUGUCAGUUCUUUUGCUGUGGAUUUCUGGCUACAGACACACCUAUUUCAAGCUGGGAUUUUGUGGCAUCUGCUUGGUUAUCUGUUUAAUUAUGACUACACACUAGAAGAGAGUGGCAUUCAGAAAAGCGAGGAAACAAACCAGCAGGAAGUAGCCAACAGCCUUGCUAAACUGAGUGUCCGUGCUCUAAGUCGCCUUGGAGGGUAUCUGCCUGAAGAACAGGCAACCCCAGAAAAUCCAACCAUAAGAAAAAGUUUAGCUGGCAUGCUGACACCCUAUGUUGCUAGAAAACUUGCUGUGGUUAGUGCUACGGAGAUUCUGAAGAUGCUCAAUAGCAACACUGAGAGCCCCUAUUUGAUAUGGAACAAUUCUACAAGAGCAGAACUGCUUGAGUUCCUUGAAUUCCAACAAGAGAACAUGAUUAAAAAAGGUGAUUGUGACAAAACUUAUGGAUCAGAAUUUGUCUAUAGUGAUCAUGCCAAAGAACUUAUUGUAGGGGAGAUUUUUGUUAGGGUGUAUAAUGAAGUCCCUACUUUCCAGCUAGAGGUUCCAAAAGCAUUUGCUGCAAGUCUUUUGGAUUAUAUAGGCUCCCAGGCCCAGUACCUCCACACAUUCAUGGCUAUCACACAUGCUGCAAAAGUGGAGUCAGAGCAACAUGGAGACCGCUUGCCAAGAGUGGAAAUGGCUUUGGAGGCUCUGAGAAAUGUCAUAAAAUAUAAUCCAGGCUCUGAAACUGAAUGCAUUGGGCACUUUAAGUUAAUAUUUUCUCUUCUCCGAGUCCAUGGAGCAGGUCAAGUGCAGCAAUUGGCUUUAGAGGUUGUGAAUAUAGUGACAUCUAACCAAGAUUGUGUCAACAAUAUUGCUGAAUCAAUGGUUUUGUCCAAUUUAUUGGCUCUUCUGCAUUCAUUACCAUCAAGUCGCCAGCUUGUUUUGGAAACUCUUUAUGCUUUGACAUCAAGCACAAAAAUAAUCAAAGAAGCAAUGGCAAAAGGAGCUUUGAUUUACUUACUAGAUAUGUUCUGCAACUCAACACAUCCACAGGUUCGAGCCCAAACAGCAGAACUUUUUGCUAAAAUGACAGCAGACAAACUAAUAGGUCCAAAGGUCCGCAUUACAUUAAUGAAAUUUCUGCCAAGCGUUUUUAUGGAUGCCAUGAGAGACAACCCUGAAGCUGCUGUACAUAUUUUUGAAGGAACGCAUGAAAAUCCUGAGUUGAUUUGGAAUGAUAGCUCCAGAGAUAAAGUAUCUACAACAGUUAGAGAAAUGAUGCUAGAGCACUUUAAAAAUCAGCAAGACAACCCUGAUGUGAAUUGGAAGUUGCCUGAAGAUUUUGCUGUGGUGUUUGGAGAAGCAGAGGGUGAACUUGCUGUUGGAGGAGUUUUCUUGAGAAUCUUCAUUGCACAACCAGCGUGGGUUCUAAGAAAGCCCAGAGAAUUUCUUAUUGCACUAUUAGAAAAAUUAACUGAGCUCCUGGAGAAGAACAAUCCACAUGGAGAAACUCUGGAAACUUUGACAAUGGCCACAGUAUGUCUCUUCAAUGCACAGCCUCAGCUGGCUGACCAGGUCCCACCAUUGGGCCACCUCCCCAAAGUGAUCCAGGCAAUGAAUCAUAGGAACAAUGCGAUUCCUAAGAGUGCCAUCCGUGUUAUCCAUGCCUUGUCUGAAAAUGAGCUGUGUGUUCGAGCCAUGGCAUCUUUAGAUACCAUUGGCCCGCUGAUGAAUGGAAUGAAAAAGCGACCAGAUACUGUUGGUCUAGCCUGUGAAGCAAUUAAUCGAAUGUUUCAGAAGGAGCAGAGUGAAUUAGUGGCACAAGCCCUGAAAGUAGAUUUGGUCCCAUACCUCUUAAAAUUACUCGAAGGCAUUGGCCUUGAAAAUCUGGACAGCCCAGCAGCCACUAAGGCUCAGAUUGUUAAAGCUCUCAAGGCCAUGACUCGAAGCCUGCAGCAUGGAGAACAGGUGAAUGAAAUCUUGUCUCGUUCUUCAGUCUGGAGUGCCUUCAAAGAUCAGAAACAUGAUUUGUUUAUUUCUGAGUCACAAACAGCAGGAUACCUCACAGGACCUGGAGUUGCUGGCUACCUUACUGCAGGGACAUCUUCGUCAGUCAUGUCUAACCUGCCGCCUCCCGUAGACCACGAGGCGGGCGACCUUGGCUAUCAGACUUGACACAUUUGUGAGAGACAAUAAAUGCUGAAAGGCCAGUGCCCAGUCCACAUUCCUCCAGCUGAUAUGUUGAAGCAAACUCUUACUGCCUUUCUCCUGGUUUCAUGACAGUGUUAUUCCUUUUUCUAUAAAAAUAUUUUUAUUUAGGAAAAAAGUCAGUGAUUCUAAUUGUAUCACGUUGUAAGAAAGCACUCUGUGGAUCAACCUAAGUGGGUACACAAGAAUUUUUUUUCUUGAUGUAUGUAAGCACAUUCUGUUCCUUUAUAUCUGUUUACAAGACUGUGAAUCAAAAAGACAAGACUUUCUUCCUAGUUUUUAUAAUGUUUUUUUGAAUUAGUGUGACUGUGGGGUUGAACUGCAAUCUACAGAAAUUGGACUAGUUCACUUAUCCCCAGAAAAGGGUCUUUCCCUCUCCUGCAUCGAGUCCACGUGGCUGUCGUCCUCCACCGUCAAACACUAUUAGGUUUUGUCCUUGUGCCUGUUCACUGGUAUCCUCUCCUCAAUCAUUAACUUCUGAGAGCUCACAGUACACGUCGGUAUGUAUAACUGGCUUUACCAAAUUGAAUGAAAAAGGAGCUUGUGCAAAAAAAUUUAAAAAUUUAAAAACGGAUGUCAAGAUAUGUUAUGUAAGAGAUUAGUGUAAUUGUGAAAUGUUCUAUACAUUAUCAAAUAUAUAAAGCUUUCUAUAUUGAAUGUACAUUAUACAGAUCAUUCAUAUGUGUACAUAAAAUUUUAAAAAUAAAGGGAAUUGACUGCUUUGUUAAUGAGA